AUGGCCUUUCUAAAACGUCUGAAUGUGUCUUCACAUUCUCGGUCAAGCUCUAACACGUCUGGGAGGACUUUGCAACCUCAUCCUGAAACGUCAAGGUCAGCAGUUAUUAAGCCACUGCCAAAAAUACCAGUUAAAUCUGAGAAGUUUGCUAGCGAUGCAACGAAUUCAACGGAUGCUUCAUCUACGAUAUCAUUUCCUUUUGAUGUUUUUGGCAGUAAUAGUACGCAGUCAUCAACUCCAUUAAGCCCAAGUGAAUCUUAUGCAGCGUUAUCUGAAGAGUCCAGGAAAACUUCAGCUGGGAGUACCAACAGUCUUUCUUCCGGAAAGAUGAUAUAUUCUUGGGAUGUAACGGAUCCAGAGCAGUGGUCGAUGCAGCGUGUAACUGCAUGGUUCAAGUUCCACGACUUUGAUGAACAAUGGAUUCUAUUCUUCCGAAGAAAUCACAUUUACGGUAAGAAGUUUUUACAGUUACUAGCACACGAUAAUUUUAACAAGUACGAAAGUUUUCUAUCUGCUACUAAAAACUCUUCCUAUAAUAGAUUCCAACAUCUUCUGAAGCGUACGUUGGAAGAAAAUGUCUCCAAUGCUCAUAGGCGGCAGCGGAGUAAUAAGUCGAAUGAUUCCAGGGGCUCAGUGGAUUCAAUACCUAGAUAUCUGAGAAGGAAAAGCGUUGCAUCUGAGCCACGGAUAAGUAAUAACGAGGCCAUUCAGCCUCGAAAAGGCCUAGAUAUGGGUGAAGACAGAGGCAUGGCUACAAAAAAUCAUUCAUCUGCCAAGAACUCGAGUGUUUUGUAUAGGAGAAGUUUUAUUUCUUUGAGAAGUACUUCUAACUACAACAAUAGGAACGAUUCUAAUGAUGACUGUAAAACAUUACCCGCUAUGAAGAUCAGUAUUCCUCCACGUCCUUUUUCUACCAUAGAGGCGUCAGUUACUUUGUCGCCUUCCUCGACUUUAAAAUCACAACCAUCUCCGUUGUCUCCGGUGAACUAUACUAUAUUUAGAAGGGAUCACAAGAGCAGUUCUUCAGAUUCUUCUUUGUUCAACAACCUAUCCAGUAGUGCGGAUGAUGUUAUGAAGGGGUCGAAUGCGAAUAGUCCCCAGUGUGAGCAACAGGCAGUCAAGAAGGUCCCUGAAAUUAUCCAGUCUCCUUUAAGGGCAUCUCCUAGGUACAUGGAUGAUAAAUCGAAAAUUUGGGAUAAAUUCAAGAAGAAAGCCGAGCAUCAUACACCUUCAAGGAUAAAACAGUUCUCUGGUCCUCGUAGCAGCAGUUCUCAUCAUAUUCAGACUUUAGAGGAAUCUCCAGAUGAGACUCCUUCUUAUACGCGGAAGUCCUUUGGAAGUAUAACUGACUCAAUAUUGCCGCGUAAAGAACCGCUGAUUUUGGAACAGAAAUAUUAUCCAUCAAAGAAAUCUGAAACUGUUCCCAAUUAUAUUCUAGUCACUAAAGAUAACAGGUCAUUUGUCCCACUCAACAUUUCAAAUAUUAAGACUUCUCAACAACUUAAAAAGUCGAUGGCAUCAGUGCUCGGUAUAAACCAUAAAUCCUUCACUGUUCAUUUAACAGACUUUGGUUGCAAAGCUGGUAGCGCUAUUCCAGAUGAUAUUUUGAGAGAUAUACGUGAAAGACCCUUAACAAAUAUGCAAUGGAAAUUUUAUGUCAACGAUCAAAUGAAAAUACAAUUGAGGCCGAUGAUCGAAGCGCAUAAUAUAGAACCUCCCUUUCAAAAUGAUAUGAGUUGUAGCAAGGGUACUUUGCAAUCAGCGGCAAGCAGCUUCAUCAGCUCUAAUGAUGACAUAAACUCUUUUUCGGAUAUUACUUCCAUAGAUGAACAUGGCAAUGUUAUCGGUAGAAGGGCGUACCCACAAACUCCAAGCCAUUAUUAUGAUCAAGGAGCCAGUUCAAAAAGCCCUGAGCUUGAUUACUGGAAUAUAAAAGGUCGACAGCAGGACAGUACAGGUUCAUUGAACACGGUAAAAGCAAGAUCCACGAAUAAAAAUCAAGCUCUUCCAUCAGCAAUAGAUGGACUCAAAAAGUCCAGUUUCAAGGUAAUAAGAAAGCAUAGCAAUGCAGAGAUAGACUUCAAUAAGGGAAGAGAAUCCCCUUAUGUAAAGCCGGAAUUUGCACCAAAGCGUGAAGCUCCUAAGCCGCCGUUGUCGGGUUCUCAAGUAUCGCUUGCGUCUUCAUCCUCUAUCCAAAGCAGUCUUACAGACACAAAACCCCUCAGUCUCUCGCCUAUAAAGUUACAACGCCAGCAAACUGGAAUAUAUGUGAAAAAGAAUCAGCGUCCCCCACCGCCUAUAAAUGUUGGAACUUCAAUUGCAGUGGAUACAAAAGUUACUACCUCUGUUUCGGAGCUUUCAACACCCUCAGAUGGUGUUGUUUCUUCUUAUACCCCAGCAUCAUCACACGUUCUUGUACCAAAGCCGUACAAAGGGGCUACUAAUCCAAUUAGAAAGAGUAGCGAUGAGUCCGUUGUAACGAACCCUGUGGCACAUUAUAUCCAGAACCAGAGAGCUCGUAAACCUAGGAUCAACACACCAUUGUAUUCACCACCAGCGCUGACAAAACGCAUAAGUUCUCGUAGGGUUGUCUCCUCAACGUUUGCAGCAGAUGUAUUUAUCGAGAACGAAGUUUCAUUCGCAGAUGCGCCUGAGUUGUCUGAUUUUGAUAGCGACAACAGUGAUUCUUCAGACGAUAUUAUUUGGGCAACUGGUAUGGCACCUAAAGAGAAUUCAGAAAAGCUAGAAACUAAAAGCUCAGAUGAUUCCGAAACUUUGUCUGUGGCAUCGGUUUCUAAAGAGGAAGAUGAUAUAAAUCUAACAAGGAAAAUGACCCUAAGACCUACGGCAGAAGUUGUUUAUCAAAAUUUAGAGAUGUUUUUCCCUGGUACGGAUUUGGACAAGCCUAUAUUGGAAGGCUUGACUCCUCCUCCAUCUCCAGAGGCGGUUACAAAUCAAGCAGAUCAAGUUUUAACACCUAUAAGCAGAUCUUCCACAGUUUCAUCAACAAGUUCCAUACGACAGUCAACUCCCCGUCCAUUAAUUACUAAAAGGAUUGAAAAUUCUCAAGAAGUUCUAACUCCAGUCAAGAAUUUAAAACCCCUAAGGAGGACUAAAACGAUAAGAACGAUAGCUCGGGAGGCAAGCGAAGCUCGUAAAAACCCUCACUUCAAAAAUAUCAAAAGACAAAACACUAAAAUGUGGGGUACCCGUGUUGUAGAACUGACUGAUAAACGUAUGGUGUCUAUCAAUAAAUCGAAAAAUUCUAAGGGUGAGUAUAGAGAAUUUGCCUGGAUUAAGGGUGAAAUUAUAGGUAAAGGAUCUUUUGGUGCGGUGUAUUUGGGAUUGAAUGUCACAACUGGUGAAAUGAUGGCUGUCAAACAAGUUGAAGUUCCGAAGUUUGGUUCUCAAGAUCAAAUCACUGUCACAAAUGUGGAAGCUUUAAUCUCGGAAGUCUCAACACUUAAAAAUUUAGACCACCUGAAUAUAGUUCAGUAUUUGGGUUUUGAGAAUAAAAAUGGAAUAUAUAGUUUAUUCUUGGAAUAUGUUGCUGGUGGUUCUGUUGGAUCUCUAAUCAGACUGUAUGGUCAUUUCGAUGAGCAAUUGAUUAGGUUUUUGACCAAACAAGUUCUGGAAGGAUUGGCAUAUCUUCACCGGAGAGGUAUUUUACAUCGAGAUAUGAAAGCAGACAACCUGUUACUAGAUAAUAACGGUGUUUGUAAAAUCAGUGAUCUUGGCAUUUCCAGAAAGUCUAACAAUAUUUAUUCCAAUGCCGAAAUGACUAUGCGUGGCACUGUGUUUUGGAUGGCACCAGAGAUGGUUGACACAACUCAAGGGUAUAGUGCGAAGGUUGAUAUAUGGUCGCUGGGUUGCGUAGUGUUAGAAAUGUUCGCGGGGAAGAGGCCUUGGUCGAACCUAGAAGUAGUUGCCGCUAUGUUCCAAAUCGGUAAAUCUAAGACAGCCCCCCCUAUCCCAGAAAAGACCCUGCCAUUAAUAUCUAAAGAUGGUCGUGUUUUUAUUGAUGACUGUUUCAAGAUUGACCCAGAAAAACGCCCUACGGCGGAUACUCUUUUAUCUCAUCCAUUCUGCCAGGUCCCACAGGAGUUUGACUUUGAGAAAACUGACCUUUACAAUUUUAUUAAACAAAACGACAAAUUAAACAAUAGCAAGCUGAGGAUGAAUUCUCAAGAAUAA